CCUCGCGCUCUUCGCAAUUAACAUUUAACAGCCCCAAAAUUUUCGAUCCAUCGCGCCGCCCCGUUUCUCUCUUGUUUCUCGCUCGCUCGUUUCGUCUACCACGUGCGGCGGCGGAGGAGGAGACGAAACCCUAGCGAUGCAAUCGCUGCAGCAGAAGGCGUCGGAGUGGAGCGGCGUGGCGCCGAGCGACGCCUUCGCCAUCGACGAGACCAACCUCUUCGAAGCCCUCGGUGGUCUCCAACCCUUCGUCGACCUCUCCACCAAUUUCUACACCAGAAUCUAUGAGGACGAGGAGGAGUCGUUUCGCUCGAUCUUUGCUGCUUCGCGGAAGGAGGACGCGAUCCGUAACCAGUAUGAGUUUUUCGUUCAGAGGAUGGGAGGGCCUCCAUUGUAUUCACAGCGGAGAGGCCAUCCUGCGCUGAUUGCGCGGCAUCGGCCAUUUCCAGUUACUCACCAAGCAGCAGAGAGGUGGCUACACCACAUGCAACAAGCAUUGGACAACACUGGAAGCAUCGACCCAGAUUCAAGAGUCAAAAUGAUGAAUUUCUUCAGGCACACUGCAUACUUUCUUGUUGCCGGCAAUGAGAUGACAAAGCAAGGGCAAGGAGUCCCUUGCAAACAUGCUACUAGCAAUCCAGCAGCAUAAAAGAAGAGCAAUUCUUCAUUUAUCCAGAUUAUAGUAUCAUAUGUAAAAACUCUCACAUCAAAUAUUUAUCCUACUUAAUUUAUUGUAUGCAAUCAUUUGAUAAAAGAAACUUCAAGACAUCUGAAUAUAUUUCAGUGUUGCAUGCGCUUCCA